AUGGGAAGCCUAAAGAUUGAAAUCAUAACCAAGAAGCUAAUCAAACCAUCCAAACCAACUCCAAAACAUCUCCACAAACUCAGCCUCUCUUUGUUUGAUCAAGUUGCUCCAAAAGUAUACGUCGACAUCAUUUUCUACUAUUCCGGCGAUACUAAUCAAACUUAUAAUAUUACUGCUCAAAGGUGCGAACGACUGGAGAAAAGCUUGGCCGACGCGUUGGUCUAUUUUUACCAACUUGCCGGAAGAUACGUAAGAGAUGAAGUUGCUAUGGAUUGUAGCGAUCAAGGAGCCGAGUUCUGGCUAGCCCGGGUGAGCUGCAAGCUGUCGGAUUUUCUUCCGAUUUGUUACCAGGAGAUCGAGGCCGUCGAAGAGCUAUUGCCGUGGGGGAUUCAUCCGCCGGCUGUGGAUUUGCCCUCGAGUCCGCAGCUGGCAAUCCAGGUGAACCGUUUUGAUGACGGAGGGAUCGUGUUGGCAGUCCGCAUUUCGCACAUUAUUGCUGACGCUACCACGGGGUCUUUACUAAUGCGAAAAUGGGCCGCCGCCAGCGCCGCCAGAUCCGAUUUGGAUGACCAUAAUGGUUCGAGUAACGGUUUCCAUCAUGAGAUUGCUGGUGUUUUUCCAGCGACACCGUCAUUCGAGCUCAAACACCCGAGAAUCAUUGCGCGGUCCUCAUGUGCCGACGGAUCCUCUGACCACGAUAAGAUCGUCACCAGGAGAUUUCUGAUUCCGUUGGAACUCGUGAUGAAAAUCAAAGGCGAGGCCGCCGCAAGUUAUGCGCCGGCAAAGUUGCCAUCUAGAGUGGUUAUUGCGCUUGCUAUAGUAUGGAAGAGCCUAAUGGCGAUGUCGGUGGCGAAAAACGGAUACAUGAAGGGUUCGACGCUUUCUAUCGCAACCAGCUUGCGACUGAAAACACCCUUAGUUGGGGAAAAGAACAAGAAGUUAGUGUUUGGGAAUUUUUACCUAUCGACUAUUGUUCCAUUUGUGGGUGAUAAUAAUAAUGAAGAUGUAAAGUUAUAUGAUCUGAUCCGUUUGUUGAGCAGUAAAAUUGCGGAUACUCAUGCAAAGGUUGCUAUAGCAAGCAAAGAUGAGUUGGCCACAAUGCUUAUAAACUCGAGGAAAGGGAUAUUAAUGGACGGUCUUGAUAAUAAAAAAGAAGUGAGAAGUACUCAUGAUCUUGGCUUAGAUGUUUACUAUUGUUCGAGUUGGUUUGGGGCAUUACCGGUUUAUGAGAUUGAUUUCGGAUGGGGAAAGCCGAUUUGGGCGAGUGUUUCUCGUCAACCCGGUCCAGGAGUUUGUUUGAUGGAUUCUGCUGAUGGUAGUGUUGUUGAAUUGUGGGUUAGCUUGAAGAACAUUGAAAUGAUAAACCAUCCUGUCACUCUCCCAGCCAACGUCCAGGGAUCGCUGCCGCCGGUGACUAUUGCAAAUUUGGGAAGCUACAACUCAAAAGGGGAGUGGAAACCGUUGCCGAAAAUACCACAAGUCAUGUCAUUGGGAAACGCCGGAUCUGGAUUAUAUGGUGACUCCAACCCCUUUAAUGUCGUAAACUCAGAUGACGAUACUUCCACAACGAAAUUAGAGGCAGAGAAGAUAAAGAAGAAGAAAAAAAAGAGGGCUGUGGCCAGAGAGUCCGAGAAGGGGCCAACCGCAAAUAAGUCGAAAACCCACACUUCUCCCGACAAGGAGAUUGAAGCGACAAAGCAGACCGAGGUGACUAUUCCCCCUUCAUCUGAGAAGGAGGCGCCUUCAGAGAAGGAGUCUGGGCCAAGCGCUCGACCCAGUUGCGUCGAGAAGGGAAAAAGCCCUGUCGCGGGGAAUGUAACCAUCCUGCCUCUUGAGAUACCAGCUGGGGGCCCUACUGUCGCAGUUCACACCUUCGACAAUCCUCCUACCAUCGAGUGCCCUAUGCUAGAGGAGUUUGCUGCCUGCCUUACUGAGGCAGAUAGAUUAAAAUUGAUGUGUGCAGUCAUGAUGAACCAUGCCAAGAGAUCCAGGGACCUAAGGCGAGAACUAGCAGAAGCCCAAGCUAAGAGUGACCAGGCGGUGAUCGAGAAGCGGGCUCUUGAGGAAAGGAAUCAGCAGCUGCAAGCCAAGGAAGUAAAGCUCGCCUCAGUACAAACUCAGCUUGGGGAACUGAAGCAGAAAUUUCAGGAGUACUGCGACCUGCACAUCUCCAAGGAGGACCUUAAUAAAUGGUGCACUGCAUUCUGGUGGAGAAUGUUAUCAUCAGGGGGGAUGACUGCUGUUGUGGAAGAGAUUAACACUGUCUCGAUGGCUUAUGGGGGCCACGCGGAAAACCCAAAGAAGACCAUGUAUGAGGCCUUGGUUCGGGGUCUCUGCAAACUAUCCACAGAUCUACUACCCCUGUGGGAGCCCUUGUGUGAGGCUCUAUCCAAGAUGGACUUGCCCGAGAACAUUGCCUCAUUUCCCGGGGAUGUGGCUCCUGUUUUCUCUAGAGGUCCUUGUGAGGAAUUGGCAAUACCUAAGGUCUCCGACGAGGAUUUUGGAAUUAAUCUCAAGGAAGAUAAAGAUGAAACUGCUGAGGAGGAUGACACAAGCAAUUCAGGUGCCAAGGACCAAGAUCCCCCAAUGGUGGGAGAUACUGGAGGACCCGAGGAAGGGAACCCCACUAACGAGGGUUCGUCUGAAGACCAACCAGGGAACGACUCUCGUUCUCAAACUGCUCGCCGUGAAAGAAUCACGGUUUCCCCAUGGUUUCUCGAGAAGUUCCACAUACUUUCCCUUGUUGAGAAGCAAAUUCAUAUCAGGACAGAACGCUUCAUUGUCGCCAUUGAGAUGCUGAAGAAAAGGUCUAAAGAGGCUGAAAUUUAUUCGAGACAAUCUGCUGUCCUACAGAACAUACUGGUCGAUCGUGAGAUCCCACUUCCCGUUCUCGAGGGCCUGGAUGAACACGAGAAAGCUCAUGAAAGAACGGCCGCCAAAGAAUUCCUUCUUAGGCUCGACGAGCAAGAUUGGGAAAUUGUCGACUUGAAAGACAAAUUGAAUCAGUUUAUUGACCAUCUUAGGACGCUAGGCUUCUUGGGUGUGAUUAAGCCAUCUCAAUUUAACCCCAAGGGGGAAGAUCUUAAUAUUGAAGGGUAA